CUCCUAUGCGUUUGAAGUAACAACUGACGUAAAUAAAGAAUGGUGUAAUUAAAAUUAAAUGUCUGUCUAUAUUUUUUCUUUUUCGCAAACAGGAAACUUUUGUGCUGAUAAUUUUAAAAGUAGGAUAUGAAAAUAAAAUUAAUCAAUAAUCUGUUUCGAUAUGCGUGCGCAUUGUUACGUUUAUUGAAAUUAAAUAUCGAAUUGAUAGAAAAAGUUGUGUAAAUAGUAUAAAAAUAGAUUUAUUGCUUUCAAAUAACCAAGAAUAAUGUGGAUAUGCUUUUAUAAAUACAAUAUAUGCCUAUACACAUCAUGUACGACCUGAAUAAUAUCUUGGAAUAGUACACUGAAGUUUUUCUAGUAGUCUGAAUUCUGAAUUAUAAUGGGUUCGUCAACAAUACCUGUUUUACUAGUCACAGCAAAUGUUGGCUCGAUAUUUGAGGAUCCGACUACAAUGCUAAAAGUAUGGAGUGAAGAAUUUUUAUCAACAGUUUCCAAACUUGAUCCAAAAUUUAUCGCUUUACAUUGCCAGGAAGUUGGUGGAAAAAACUAUGAACUUAGUAUGAAACAUGUAGAAAAUUUCGUAAAGUUACUCAUGUCUAGUAAUGAAUUACGAUUAUUUGAUAAGAUCAGGGUAUUCCUAGAUGAAGAUUACAGUUCUGCAGAAAAUUUUACUGCUUUGGGAAAUUUAUAUUUUAUACACAAAUCUUUAGAUAACAAUUUAAUUUGGGAUUUUAAGGAAAUGAAAUUUAUUCCAGUACUAGGUAAAGAAAUUCAUUCAGGUAAUAUUGAAGCUGUUGUUACCAAGGAAAAGGCAAAAUUUCCUCAAGACUUCUUCCCAGAGUGUAAAUGGUCCAGAAAAGGUUUUAUGCGUACUAGGUGGUCUUUAAAUGGAACAGUUAUUGAUAUGGUUAACAUACAUUUAUUUCACGAUGCCUCGAACUUUGUUGCCAUGGAAUCAUAUCCUUCAGUAUAUUGUAAAAAUAGACGCAGAGCUUUAGAACAUACCUUACAAAGAUUCCACAAUGAUCCUUAUGCAAAAGCACCAUUCUUUUUAUUUGGAGAUUUUAAUUUUCGAACUGAUACAGAUGGAGUUGUUAAGAAACUUACUGCUGGUUUGAAACCAACACGAGUGCAAAAUAAUAAAAACAAUGAAUCUACAAAAGUUCAUUAUACAAAUGGGGAUAGUAAAUUGGUUCUAACAGUCGGCAAAAAGGAAUUUAAUCAUUCGGACCACCAAACAGUAUUCUUAAAUCCUACUCCUGAUUGGUUAAAAUCUUUUGACAAAGAGCUGGAAGCAUUUGAAAAUGCAUUGACUGAAUAUCCUGUAACUUUUCCACCAUCAUAUCCAUUUGAAGAAAAAUUAGCAAAAGCAACAAGUUAUAUGCAAACCAGAUGUCCCGCGUGGUGUGACAGGGUCUUAUUAAGCCGUAGUGCGAAACAAUUAGUAAGUGAAGAUUAUAAGGUGGAUUAUGGAUUGAUUGGUAUUAAUACCUGCAUGGGCGAUCAUAAGCCUGUUUACCUAAAAAUGGAUUUGAAAGGAAAUGCAGGUACCAUUGUGUGUUGUGAUCAUGCACCUUAUGCUUGCUUGCCUGACAAGUGCCAGUGUUGCCAAUUAUUUGCCUCAAUAAAAAUAAAUAUAGUUGACAUGAGCGAUUAUGUGACGAAUCCAAGAAGUAGUUAUUCAAAUAUAUCAGUAGAUUCUAAGUUGUUGCAUGAACCUAUAACAAAAGAUAUGCUUUCACAUGAACCGUAUACACCUGAAAGUGUAGAUUCACAUAUGCACUCUCCUUUAUCUGAAAAAGAGGAUGCAGAGGGAGAUGCUAGGCGAAAUUCUGUAUCACCAAUACAAUUAAAGAACAGGCUUGAAAGUAUUAUUAAACAUGACCUAAGAAAGUCACCAAAGAUGAUGAUAAGGUCUGCAUCAGAAAAUGUACAAGUCAGACAUUCGAGAGAUAACUUUUUCCGAAAUAGGGCCAUGUCAGAAAUUCCUAAAACAGCCAGGGCCAAACUUAUUUCUUCCAAUAGUAUUCAAUCAUUGCAAAGGUUGCAAAGUCAUCAUAGUUCCUCAGACGAGGACUGGUUUGAGUUUGAAAAUGAAUCUGUCACCAAUAGUUUAGACAUUUGUCAAGAGAAUACUGAUUCUCUAGGGAAUAUUUCUAAAGAAACAAAACAAAUCGCUAUAAUAGAGGACGAUAAGAUGCCUAGAAAACAUUGCCGAUUAAAGUUUAAAACUCACCACAAAAUUAGUUGUUGUGCUAUAGUGUGACUAUUUUUUUUUAUGUUUUUUAAUUUGUGAUUGCCGUAGAACUGUAGAAUAUAUUUUUUGCUUGCCUUGCAGAUUUACUCGAAUAAAACAGUGCUUAAUUAUAAAGAAGCUUCAGAAAUUUAAAAAAUAAAAUAUCAAAUGCAUAUAAAAAUUAGAUACAUACUAGCAAAUACCAAAUAAAUUUCUUUGUAAAUAAGUAAUUUUAAUAUUCACUUAGAUAAAUAGUACUUAAAAUGUAUAUAAUAUAAAACUGACGGGGUGUAACCCAUUUAAGAAAAGUUUAUGCUAGUACCUUUUUUUUUCUAAAAGUUGCAUUUUAAUGUAAACAUUAUAU